AUGGCCUCUACAACCCCAAUGGAGGAUCUCAUGCGCGACAAGAUCACUCACGUUUUCACUCCUUCAACCCUCAUUAUCCGUAACGAUUCCCACAAGCACGCGCACCAUGCUGCCAUGCAAGGAGCCACGUCGAAGGAGACCCACUUCCAGUACGAAAUCCAAGUCUAUGUGACGAUUACCUCUUCCUCUUUUGAAUCGAAGAUGCAGCCUGCGCGGCAUCGGAUGGUAUAUGCCUUGUUUAAGGAUGAGAUGAGUCAGGAAGGAGGUAUCCAUGCAUUGCAGUUGAAGACGAAGACACCGGCCGAGGAGCAGCGGGAGAAGGAGAGGGAAGCACAGGCAUAA